AUGGCAUUUCCGACCAAGAAGCUCAUCGACGACCCCAAUGGUGAGUGUGUUUCUUCCUCUCUCUCCUUCCACUAUCUCUCCCUUGCUCUCCGCUCAAUUUUCCCUCUCUGCCAAAUUCGCCCUUCCUUUUUGACUCUUGCCAUCCACUAUUGGUCCGUUCUCAAUCUCUGGCAGCAAUCUCUGGCAGCACGGUUUCUGUCCGAACCCUGUACUAGUUCGAAGAGUACUGUCCAGUAUGUUGUGACUGAGUUCAUUGAAGGUCUUGUGGAGACUUAUCCUGGACUGCAGUAUUUAGAUGGCUUUCCUCUGGUGAAGGUUGUGCUACGGGCAGAUGUUUCAGCUGCAACGUAUGAUAAAGUUGCAGUCAUAUCAGGAGGAGGAAGUGGGCAUGAGCCUGCCCAUGCUGGAUUUGUGGGAGAAGGAAUGCUUACAGCAGCAGUUUGUGGAGAUAUAUUUUCCUCUCCACCCGUUGAUUCAAUUCUAGCUGGAAUACGAGCUGUAACGGGUUCUAAGGGAUGUCUUUUGAUUGUAAAGAACUAUACUGGUGAUCGUUUGAACUUUGGUUUGGCUGCCGAGCUAGCAAAAUCUGAAGGUUAUAAAGUAGAGACUGUAAUUGUUGGGGAUGAUUGUGCCCUACCUCCGCCUCGAGGCAUUGCUGGAAGAAGAGGUUUGGCCGGGACUAUUCUGGUUCAUAAGGUUGCAGGAGCUGCUGCUGCUGCUGGUCAUUCUCUUGAUGAUGUUGCUGCAGAAGCUAAACAUGCAUCUGAAAUAGUGGGAACAAUGGGUGUUGCUUUGAGUGUUUGCACAAUUCCUGGUCAAGUUACAUCAGAUCGUUUGGGCCCAGGAAAGAUGGAACUUGGUCUUGGAAUUCAUGGAGAAGCUGGUGCAGCAGUGGCUGAUAUUCAGCCUGUAAAUGUGGUGGUUUCUCAUGUUCUGCAACAAAUAUUGUCGACGGAAACAAACUAUGUUCCAAUAACUCGAGGAGAAAGAGUGGUUCUCAUGGUCAAUGGGUUAGGUGGCACUCCCACCAUGGAACUAAUGAUUACAGCUGGAAAAACAGUUCCAAAAUUACAGCUAGAGCAUGGACUGGCUGUUGAUAGAGUUUAUACUGGGUCAUUUAUGACUUCUCUUGAUAUGGCAGGUUUCUCAAUUUCUAUCAUGAAGGCUGAUCCUGCUAUUCUUCAACGAUUAGAUGCUCCAACCAAAGCUCCAUAUUGGCCUGUUGCUGCUGAUGGAAAUCACCCACCUGCUAAGAUUCCUGUUCCAAUCUCUGCGUCUCGAUCAGCAAAGACUGAUGAGGAGAUAGCAAAAUUAAGUAUUGACAGGUAUCUGUUAGUUUCCAAAGAGAGGGCAUCAUCACCAUCCAAGCAUGUUGGAGAGCAAUUGGAGGAUCAACCACAACAACUAAAUGAGCAAGGCCAAAUUCUUGAGGUAGCCAUUGAAGCUGCUGCAAAUGCAAUUAUAAAUAUUAAAGAAAAUCUAAACGAAUGGGAUGGUAAAGUUGGUGAUGGUGACUGUGGAUCAACUAUGUCUAGAGGUGCAAAAGCAAUUCUUGAGGACAUCAAAAAUUACCCUCUAAAUGAUGCUGCUGAAACUGUUGGUGAAAUUGGUUCAUCAAUCGGAAGAUCCAUGGGAGGAACAAGUGGGAUCAUAUAUACAAUCUUUUUUAAGGCAGCACAUUCACAUCUGAAAGCAAGCUCCCAUUCUGGUGUUACAUCAAAACAAUGGGCUGAGGCACUUGAAGCUUCCAUUGCUGCUGUAAGUAAAUAUGGGGGUGCUAGUGCUGGUUAUAGAACAUUGUUAGAUGCCCUUAUUCCAGCAUCGUCGGUUCUUGAAGAGAAAUUAAAUUCUGGCGAGGAUCCUUGCACCGCUUUUGUUCUCUCCUCUGAAGCUGCAUUGGCUGGAGCUGAGUCAACUGUAGACAUGCAAGCACAGGCUGGGCGUUCAACAUACAUUUCUGGAGAGAUUCUUUCAACAGUUCCUGAUCCCGGUGCUAUGGCUGCAGCGACAUGGUACAGAGCUGCGGCCUUAGCUGUGAGGGCGAAAUACCAGAGCUAA